AUGUCCGUCUCGCUGGCCGUGGAGCAGCUCACCUGCCGAUCCGACUGCAAGACCAAGGACAAUGUGACAGUUUGUGUGGUGACGGCCGUGCAGUACCGCAUUGUGAAAGACAUGGUGAAGGUAGCUGUGUUCGACAUUGCGAGCCCGCACGCGCAGAUCCGGGCCGAGGUGGACAACGUGUUGAGAUCUACGCUCCCGACCAUGACCCUUGAUGAGAGCUAUGAGGCCAAAGAGAAAAUGGUCGCAGAGAUCUUGGAGGCUGUGAAGGCGGCCAUGGCGCAGUACGGCUACGAGAUGAUCAAUGUGCUCAUCACCGACAUCCAGCCUGAGCAGUCCGUCCUCAACGCCAUGAACGAAAUCAACGCCUCGCGCCGGCAGCGCGAAGCAGCGUUCGAGAAAGGCGAGGCUGAGAAGCUUCUGAAGAUCAAGGCCUCGGAAGCGGAUGCGGAGGCCAAGCGCCUGGCAGGUGUUGGCAUGGCCAACAUGCGCGCCGCCAUGGCACAGGGAUUCCAAGACUCCAUGAAGUUUAUGAAGGACAGUGGUAUGAACGAGCAAGAGGCCAUGCACAUGAUGAUCAUGACCCAGUACCUGGACACCUUAAAGGAGUUCGCAGGGAGCCAUGGAUCCAUCGUGGUGCCUCAUGCACCUGCAGCCAUUCAGGAGCCAAGUCCCACUGGCUCUCAAAUGGUUUGA